GACGCGGGGCAUCUGACCCGAGAUCAGUCAAAGCAUAUUCACCGUCUCAGACAAACGCGCUACGUACGUGCGGAGCGGCGAUCCCGGAUCGUUUUCACACCGCGGAAAGGGAACCGAGAGGGAGUUUGUUACACAAACCCAUCAUCAUGUCUUUUGCAGAUAUACGCCUUUAAGUCGGCCACUGUUUAAUUCGCUCAUACGCACGUUCUGCUGACGUUUACCGCGCACACACACUGCUGGCGUGAGCAGAAAAGCUGCUCACUAACACACGACCAAAGCAGCAGCAGCAGCAGCAGAAGACACAUUUACAUUGCAGCACAGUUCUGAGGUGAGAAUCUACAGCCUCCAUCAUGCCACUCUUUGGUAAAUCUCACAAGAACCCCACAGAUAUCGUGAAAACCUUGAAGGACAAUCUGUCUAUUUUGGUCAAGCAAGACAAGAAGACAGAAAAGGCUUCAGAAGAGGUGUCCAAAUGUCUGGUGGCGAUGAAAGAGAUCCUGUAUGGCACGAACGAUAAGGAGCCGCACACAGAAACUGUGGCCCAGUUGGCCCAGGAGCUCUACAACAGCGGUCUGCUCAUCUCGCUGGUGGAAAACCUGCAGGUCAUCGACUUUGAGGGUAAGAAGGACGUGUGUCAGAUCUUCAACAACAUCCUUCGCCGGCAGAUCGGGACCCGCAGCCCAACGGUGGAAUAUUUCUGUUCUCAUCAGGAAGUCCUCUUCAUCUUGCUGAAAGGGUACGAGACGCCUCAGGUGGCAUUGAAUUGCGGGAUCAUGCUGCGCGAGUGCAUCCGGCACGAGCCUCUCGCCAAAAUCGUCCUCCACUCCGAGCACUUCAAAGAUUUCUUCGGCUAUGUGGAGAUGUCCACGUUUGACAUCGCUUCUGACGCCUUCGCCACUUUUAAAGACCUGCUCACAAGACACAAAGUUCUGGUGGCGGAGUUUUUAGAACAGAACUAUGAUGCGGUUUUCGAUAACUACGAGAAACUGCUUCACUCGGAGAACUAUGUGACCAAGAGACAGUCAUUGAAGCUGCUGGGUGAACUGCUUCUGGACAGACACAACUUCACAGUCAUGACCCGGUACAUCAGUAAACCAGAGAACCUGAAGCUCAUGAUGAACCUUCUGAGAGAUAAGAGUCCAAACAUUCAGUUUGAGGCUUUUCAUGUCUUUAAGGUGUUUGUGGCCAACCCCAACAAAACGCAGCCCAUUGUAGACAUUCUUUUGAAGAACCAGACGAAACUCAUCGACUUCCUUAGCAACUUUCAGAAGGAUCGCACAGACGACGAGCAGUUCAACGACGAGAAGACGUAUCUCGUCAAACAGAUACGAGACCUAAAGAAGCCAGCCUCCUAAACCUUAGCUAUUGCAGUAUUAGGGAAAAAAACGACAAAACCACAAAAAAUAUAUUAACAAUAAUAACGCUAUUUAAAAUCUUGAAAAAUCGUCACUUCUUAGUUUCGAGGCUUACAAAAGAUGGUUCCCGAUCAUCACUGAUGUUGUCUGUUCCUAUUUACUCUCCUUUUUUUUAAACGCAAUUUUUUGUGCCAGAAUAGGAUGUUUUAAAGUAGGAAUCAGCCAGUUUCUAUUACAGGAAGAACCGCAGAAUCACAGCAAGACACGCUGCGGAUUAGGAAGUACAGAUAAACGUUCAUUUCAUUCUGGAUGAUUUCGUCGACCCCGGACGCACAACGGCUCCACAUUUUCGCUACGCUGAUGGAAGAUUGCUGAAAGAGAGGGAUAUUUCCGAAAUAUUUAUGAGCUGUCGAUUUUUCUCCCCGAGGACUUUUAACUGCACUAACCUUCACACUUUCAUUCCUUCUGUCAUCUUUCAUCGCUUUCCUCGGGCACCAAUAGCGAUCGCCUUUGUUUCGAAACACUACUCGCCUGAUCGUUUCUAUUCUGUUUGGUUUUGUGUUAUUAUUUAGAAGGAAGAUUUCAUUUAUCAGUAUUUUAAUUAUUGUUUAUCAGAGCUCAAACAGGUUUGUGCGGAGGAACGGGUUUGUGCUUUAAAAAAAGUCUUUAUGUACAUUUUGAGUCGCCAGGCCAUUGUUUGAUCAGCUAGCAUCACUAUUUUGUUUUAUCUAUAUUAGUUUACUUGUGUUUAAAACAAGACAGAAUACUGAUUAUACUCUGUUAAGGUGGUUGACAUUUUCUAAAGAAGCUAGAAACAUUGUCACUGUUUAUAACCGGUGUGUAUUCCAACUCCAUGUAGAUUUAUAAAAAUAUCUACACUAGUUCUCUGGUGUUACCUUAGUGCUAUAGUAUGUUUUACUUUAGUACCUUUGUAAUGCUAAAGUAUUUUAAUACUGUAGUACAGUACUCCUUUCUAUACUAUAGUAGUCAUUUACUGCAGUUACUGUAGUGUUUUUUUUCCAAUAACCCAUAAUGAUGAUGUUGACAGAAGUAGCUUGUUGCAUAUAGCUGAAACACGAAAUGAAAUAAGGACACAAAUGUACAAAACAGGUGCCUUUUGUUUUGGAGUUAUUUUACUCUUGCUCUUUUUUUUAUUUCAGAAGAAAUGUUGGAAUGGGGAGCUUAAUUUGUGUUAGUUCUAAUAUGUUCUGACGGAGCAUAUUCUGCACUGUUAAGCAAUGAACCUCUUUAACUCGCUAUAUUUGAGUUAUGCUGUUGAAGAAAAUUCAUUAAAUCUCAUUGUUUCGCCUGUUCGAUUGAUUGAUUGAGUUUGUCUUCAUUUUAUGGAAUGAAAUACACUUUGGUGGUCUAGAUUCAUCACUUUUGUUUCUUUGCAAAGAUCAUUCUCAUUGGCCAUUUAACUUUAUUUCAUUCCAUUUGGAAUUCCUGUGACCUGAAAUAACUUUGUAAGAGUCUCGUGGUUGGCGUUAGUUGCCAAAAAAAAGUCCGAUCUUUUAUAGAUCGCUUGGAAUUGCAGUGAGGCAAGUGUUUUAUUUUAAGGCAACGAUUUGAAAUAUAUGCAUCUGAGCCAAACUUACGGAAAUUUGUUAGCAGGUACAAAAAAAAAACAACACGUUUAUUAAUUUGAGCAUUGGAUUUUAAUUUU